AAGUGAGCAAUUAAUGGAAGAAAAGCCAUUGUUGAUAGGAAAACAAUCCUCUGGUACCACAGGACACAAGGGCCCGUGAUUUGCCACCUCUGAUCUAAUCUGUGGAAUGGGUGGGGCGGCAUUUACCCUCUCAGUUAUGAAAUGAUGGUGAUAUGCAAGGCUGUGGUAGGUAGAGAAGGAAGGGGCAGCAACAGGGGAUUAGAUUCCCCGUGCAAAAAUUCAGACUCGGAGGUAAGUUCCCUAGCCAAACUCCAUGGUCCUUUCCCAGUGCCUCAGCACCCACAGGCCUUGCAGGACACACCCUACUGGGCGCUCCUUGCAGCUGCAAAAUAGCUAAGGUCCUCAAGGUGUAUCCAGUGGCUAACUCGGUGACUGAGACCUCAGGCAGGUAAACCUGGUUGCCUAGCACAGGAACGCCAAUUGGAACUUCGAAGACGUUCGUCAGAAAUUUGUGGGCGGAAACUUCCUGGGACUGCUGUGAGCUUUUUGAGGCUUCUCAGCUUCAGAUGCAACAUGAGUGGGUGUCUCACAGAGCAGCAGAGAAAGAGAACACAGGAAAGAGGUGUUUCCCUUGACUGUGGAAACUUUAUAAAAGAGACCCACUUGCCUUCUCUGAAGCAGUCAGCGUCAGGAGUCCCGUCCUCGACACGACACUCCAGUCUCCACAGGAUUGAGAGAAACAGAAAGGCUUUCCUGGGGCUGGGCGCCAUGCAGCAGCCUGUGAAUUACCCAAGUCCACAAAUCUACUGGGUGGACAACAGUGCCACUUCUCCUUGGGCUCCUCCAGAGUCAGUUUUAACCUGUCCGUCCUCUGUGCCUGGAAGGCCAGACCAAAGGAGACUACCACCACCUCCGCCACCACUACCACCUCCAUCACAACCACCCCCACCCCCACUGCCACUACUAACCCCUCUACAGAAGAAGAGGAACCACAACACAGAACUGUGGCUACCGGUGAUCUUUUUCAUGGUUAUGGUGGCUCUGGUUGGAUUGGCAUUAGGAAUGUAUCAGCUCUUCCAUCUGCAGAAGGAGCUGGCAGAACUCCGUGAGUUCACCAACCAAAGCCUUAAAGUAUCACCUUUCGAAAAGCAAAUAGGCCACCCCAGUCCACCCUCUGAAAAAAAAGAGCCGAGGUGUGUGGCCCACUUAACAGGAAACCCCCACUCAAGUUCUGCCUCUCUGGAAUGGGAAGACACAUAUGGAACGGCUCUGAUCUCGGGAGUGAAGUAUAAGAAAGGUGGCCUUCUGAUCAGCGAUGCUGGGCUGUACUUUGUAUAUUCCAAAGUAUACUUCCGGGGUCAGUCUUGCAACAGCCAGCCCCUAAAACACAAGGUCUACACGAGGAACUCCAAGUAUCCCGGGGAUCUGGUGCUAAUGGAGGAGAAGAAUUUGAACUACUGCGCUACUGGCCAGAUAUGGGCCCACAGCAGCUACCUGGGGGCAAUAUUCAAUCUUACCAGUGCUGACCAUUUAUAUGUCAAUGUCUCUCAUCUCUCUCUGAUUAAUUUUGAGGAGUCAAAGACUUUUUUUGGCUUAUAUAAGCUUUAAAAGAAAAAGCACUUUAAAAUGAUUUAUUGUUUCUUAUCACGGGCACUGGAAAUAUUGUCUUACAUCAGAGUUCUCCUAACACCAGUUGAGAUUAGUUGAGACCACAUGAGCUGCAAAGACCUCAUGAUCACAAGGUCCAACAGGUCCACUCUCCUUCAUUUCCCAGACGUGUAUGGAGCGGUCCAUAAUGCCUCCAUCAUGAGCCAUAUGGGAGGAAGACUGUGACUAAGGAACAUAAAGCUUUGGGCUGCCAUCUGACAACACAGAGGCACAGAGAAGGAACUGUCUGGUAUUAAAUGACCAAGAGCAUGUUAGCCAUUGAAGAGGAUACCUUUAAACUCACCUUCCAGGGUGGAUCUACUUGCUACCUCACAAGAGAUCGUCUUCUAGGCACAUAGUUGUGCUAUGAAUAUACAAGAGAUGCGAAAGGAGGCUAGGUUUGAACUGAUAAGCUAGAGACUGAAAGUAGCCAGUAUCCCAUUGGCAGCAUCUUCACUUUUAACUUAUGUUUUCUGAGCCAAACUUUUAUGCUAACAGAGAAGAGGGAUGUUUGAAGCAGAAAUCAUUCUCUGCACAGCAGUCCAGUGCAAUGAUGUCUGUGUGUGUUCGUAUGUUUGAGAGAGCAGAAAGAUUCUAAAGAGCCAUAAAGAUACAAUGAGUACAUUAUAAAGUACACAUUAGAAACAUAUGUGUUGCAUUUGAUGGUAGAUAUCUGAAUGUUUCUUGGCAAUAAACGCUAAUAGUCUUCAAAAAUCUGUUAUUAUCAGCUACUAAUGCUGUUUUCCUUUAAUAAAACCAAUAUUUAUGU